CAUUCAGUCACGGGCACCACUCAACCACAGUCGGGUCUCUAUAGACGGAUCGGACGGACACCACUGCACCACCACUGCCACCACAUCGACCUUCCCAUCCACUGAACACAUCUACCAUGAACAAGUACGGCAUGAUGGCCAUCUGCCUGCUGGCCGCCUUGGGCGCCCUGCUCCUGGAGGUUAGGGCCAGUCCGGCGGCCACCGGCUCCUCCACCACCAGGCUGGAGCCAAGCCAGCUGGGCGGUCUUACGGCCCAGUUCUUGCCGCCCGAGUAUCGCAACACGAACGUCACUACGGAGGACAUUAAGCGAAUGUACCGCGAGAAGUGCAAGAAGGUAAACGGAGCGGACAACGCGACCUUCUACGACGAGAUCGAGAAGGCGGCGACCAAGAUGAGCAGCUGCAUCAGCGGAGUAGCCAAUCUGACCGCCCUGCAGGAGGAGAUGGAUCUGGCGAAACCUAAGGGCGAUUUGGACACCGUGUUCCACAAGUACUGCCUGAAGGCCCCGGAGGCGGAGGCCUGCGUCAAGGAGUUCAAUGAGAAGGCCCAGCAUUGUUUGACCGCCGACGAGAAGCGCCACCAGGAGACGGUGACCCGUAUCGGAGCGGCUCUUCUGCAGUUCGCCUGUUCGCGUGGUGGCGACCAGAUGGCCCUCUUCAUUGCCGAGCAGGGGCCGGAGUGCCUGGACGCCAACAAGGAGGCCAUCAACCACUGCCUUAACCAAUCUUUCCACCAGUACAUUCCCAAGGAUGGCCAAGUUCCGGACCUGAUGAGCAGCCCCGAGCUCCUCUUCUCGCCCACCCACUGCGUGGACCUGCAGCGCUUCGAGUCCUGUGUCAUCCAUCACUUGGAGCAGUGCACAGAGAUCACACCCGCCAACAUAGUUCAGUCCAUUUUUCGCUUUGUGAAGAACGAGACCGACUGUCAGGCUUGGAUGGAUGCCCGUGCCAACGAGAAGCCCGUCCUGCUGGCGGCCUCCACUAACAACACCGCGGCUGGACUCACCUAUUCCGUAGCCGGCCCUCUGUUGGGCGCCACAAUGCUCCUGAUGCGCCCCUGAACGCCAAAGCUUUUAAGGUCUUUUUUUUUUUGCGAUAACAAACGCCUCUGUAUAUCACUGACUUUUUUUUGUGAGUAGAGUUGGUAUUGAGUAUCGGUACCAUAUAAUUUAAUGUCUCCUAAGGAAUUGCUUAUAAUAAACGAGAUUACGACGAA